AUGGAUGAUGUUCAAGGGGUUCUUACUUCUUUGCAUUUCCUUGCACAAAAUCAUGAAUUGAUGAAAAGGAGGACCAGGACUGUUGGAUAUUGGUCCAAUUCUUCUGGCCUAUCAGUUGACCCUCCAGAGAAGCCCCAAAGGAAGCAGCAAUCUAAUGGUUCCAGUACAAGUACUCAACAACUAUACAGCGUCAUCAGGCCGGGACAAACAACUCAGAAGCCUCGUGGGUGGGUUUUCCCAGACAAUGGAAGAAAGCUCAGGAUUGGAGUCCCAGAUCGAGUUAACUAUGCUGAGUUUGUGAGAGUAUUAGGCACUGAUAUAACUGGUUUUUGCAUUGAAGUCUUUCAAGCUGCAUUGAAUGAGUUACCAUAUGGUGUCCCAUAUAAAUUUGUCCCGUUUUGGGGUGAUGAAAAAACCCCGGAAAAACUUCUGCGCAGGAUCCAAAUUGGUGAGCCUGACGGUGUUGUAGGAGAUAAUGCCAUCACCACUAGCAGAACAAAACUUGCGGAUUUUACACAGCCAUUUAUUGAGUCUGGGCUAGUUGUAGUUGCUCCAUUAAGGAAGUUGAACUCUAGUGCUUGGACUUUUCUGAGACCUUUUACUCCAAUGUUGUGGGGUGUCGCAUGUAUUUUCUUCCUAGUUGUGGGAGCAGUUGUUGGGAUUUUGGAGCACCACGACGAUUUCCGGGGCCCUCCAAGAAAACAAUGUGUGACUAUUGUUUGGUUUAGCUUUUCAACUUUGUUCUCUACCCACAAUAAAUAUAACUGGCUGAUCUUAACACAUGCAGAAUUAAAAACUGACAGCACGCUUGGUCGGUUUGUGCUAAUCAUAUGGCUAUUUGUAGUUCUAAUGAUAUACUCAAGCUACAUUGAAAGCCUGAACUCAAUCCUCACAGUAGAGCAGCUUUCUUCCCCCAUUAAAGGCAUUGAAAGUUUAGCAACAGGUAAUGAUCCCAUUGGUUUCCCAAAAGGUUCCUUUGUUGGAAAAUAUUUGACAGACGAGCUAAACAUACACAGGUCAAGACUUGUGCCCCUCAACUCACCAGAAGAAUUUGAGAAAGCCUUGAAAGAUGGAGCGAGCGCAGGCAGUAUUGCUGCAGUGGUUCACGAGCGUUAG